UUAAAUGGGAAUAUGGGUGUUAUAGUUUCCAUAUCUUAACCAUCACGGCUAAUUACAUUUCUAGACGAAUGUUGUCCUAGUUGCGUUUGUCUAUUUCAUAUCUUUCAACCCUUAUCUGGGUUUGUGUCUAUUCACACCUCUAUUGAAACUAUCAUGUAGAAUUUCCUUCUGUUGUUUCAUUUUCCUUUAUAAAUAGCUUCUUCUUUUUUUCCUUCGUUUUGCAUCUGGGUUUUCAUUUGUGUUUUGUUUCAUCAUUUUUUGCCCUCCAAGGGUCUAAUUGUUGCUUUCUGCUAGUUUCCCUUGGUUUCUUGGGGUUUCCUUUAUCUUAUCUGUCUCCCCUUCCAUUUUUAGCUCUCUCUCUCUCUCCCCAUGAAAUAGUCCUCUUUGUUGGAUCUUUUGAUGCUGACACCAUUCAUUUUAAGCUGAACAAAGAGGAGGAUUUGAUUGAGAACCAGCACUAUUGCUGCAACGGUUUGAAUUUUGUCAAAAGCUUGGAAAGAUGAGGUGUUUCUUCCCCUUCAAGGAUAAAUGCAAGGCCAAGAGAGGAUCAAGAUCGGCCCCAGAGCUGCAAAACCAAAGUAAAUCAGAUAGUUCGGCUGUAAGUCGCACAACCAAGUCAUUGAGUUCAUUACCAUCGCCACGGACCAUUCCGGAAUUGUACAAAGAAAAGGAGCAAAAUUUGAGAGUUUUCACUUACGAAGAGCUGAGGGAAGCAACAAAUGGUUUCAACAGGUUGCUAAAGAUUGGAGAAGGUGGUUUUGGGAGUGUCUAUAAAGGUAAAAUUAGGCCUCCAGAUGGUCGGGGUGAUCCAACUGUGGUUGCCAUAAAAAAGCUAAACACGAAAGGCAUGCAGGGUCAUAAAGAAUGGCUGGCAGAAGUUCAAUUUCUUGGUGUUGUGAGUCACCCAAACUUAGUGAAACUUCUAGGAUACUGUUCCAGUGAUGGAGAAAGAGGGAUACAGCGGUUGUUGGUAUAUGAGUUCAUGCCUAAUAGGAGUCUAGAAGAUCAUCUGUUCAACAGGGCAUUGCCCACUCUGCCUUGGAAAACAAGAUUAGAGGUUCUCCUUGGUUCGGCUCAAGGAUUGGCUUACCUACAUGGGGAACUGGAAGUGCAGGUGAUCUAUCGAGAUUUCAAGUCCUCAAAUGUGCUCUUGGAUGAGGACUUUAAGGCAAAGCUGUCAGACUUUGGGCUUGCUAGGGAAGGCCCACAGGGUGAUCGUACCCAUGUAUCGACUGCGGUGGUUGGGACGUAUGGAUAUGCUGCCCCGGAAUAUGUUGAAACCGGCCACCUUACAAUCCAGAGCGAUAUAUGGAGUUUUGGUGUUGUGCUGUAUGAGAUCCUCUCAGGCAGACGAGUAUUGGAAAGAAACCGUCCGACAAUGGAGCAGAAGCUUCUAGAAUGGGUGAAACAGUUCCCAAUUGACAGUAGUAGAUUCAGCAUGAUAAUAGACCCAAGACUCAGAAACCAGUAUUCUCUUGCUGCAGCUCGGAAAAUUGCUAAACUGGCAGAUCGCUGCCUAAACAAGAACGCGAAGGAUCGACCUACGAUGAGUCAGGUAGCGGAGAGCUUGAAGGAAGCAAUACAAGUGUCAGAAACCACUUCUGGCAAUAGGAGUUCUGAGCCAUCUGGUUCUAAAAUUUCCAAGCGGAGAUCCAAAUAGGAUUAUAAAGAGAAGUUUGUGAUCUUAAGAGUGCCAAAGAAUACACAAUUUUUUAUUACUGCAUUAAUCUCUUGAACUUACAGCAAGUUUAAUUGCUCGGAUAGUAAGCAUAUAUACUAGGUACACCCUCUUUUUUCUCUUUUCAGGUUCCAGAAUGUAUGUAGAUUUCUAUAAAUCUGGAAUAAUUUGAUUGAUUCAACUUAGGAAAGUCCAGGUCUUGGCUUAAUCAGCUAUACAUUUUGCCCUCCUGUUUCAAAGUUCAUGUGUUCAUGAAAGGAGGUGUAUGGGUUGGUGUGUGGAAUGCUUGUAUAUAUCUCUUGACUGAAUUGUGUUAUAAAUCCUAUUGAGUUAUAAUGCAGCACAAAUUUCCAUUUUAUAAUUUAAAUUGGAGAAAUAAAAAGAUUUAUUCUUAUCCA